CCAGUGUUCAACGAUCGAGUGGUGAAUUUCCGAUGGGAGAUACUCAUAUUGGGACGCUAGUUUGUAUGUGUCGGCCUUGCGGAUAUUCUCAAGAUAAAUAUUUGAAUAUUUUGUGUUUUCUGGCACUGAUCGUGUUCUGAAAUAUAUUUGAUAACGAUUGAUACUUUAGAAGAUGCAUUUGUGAAUUAAACUCAAUCGUUAUACAACGGAUUGUACAGAGAUAUGGAUAUUGAAUAGCGUUUCUUUGGUAUGGAAGAUAAAAAGAAACAUGUCAAUGGACAUGCAGAAAGAAACAAAAAGCCGCCUGUACCUAACAUCAAGGUAUCCAAGCCGAACUCGACUUCAAAAACAAGAGACAAACUACAUGAAACGAUUGGAAAACCAGACAACAACAAAGCUACGCUUACUGUCGCUCCUGCUGCUCGUUCCAGAUCACGAGACAAACAUUCUGAAAGAUUAAGUAAGUCCGCCCCUGAUAACAACAGAGCCUCUAAUACUGUAAAUUCGUCUUCUAAAUCUCGGGAUAAACAGAACGAUUCAUCUAAACCUACAACAAAAGAUACUUUGCAAAAUGACAAAAGUGAAAGUAAAGAAACAAAAGAAAAGACUAAUGUUAAUUCGACGAACAACGAUAAAUCAACUAAACAAAAUGACACGAAAUCGGAUGCUCCACCUGCUGGUAGAAUGCGACGCGCUGCUUCAAUAGAUGUCGGGGAGUUAGGCCGCAAGAAGAAAACUAAACGCAAGAAAAUUAAAGUAGACCAAGAAACCUUACUAGCUGAACAUACGGCUUCAAAGGAAAAUCUUGGACAAGUUUUAACACAGCGAAGUGGUAGUCUAGGUAACCGGCCUAAUUCGCUAAAACUACAAAACAAUGCAAACGCAGUGUUCCCUACCCCGGACCCUGUAAAGCGACAUUCCACCCCUGUGACCUCACAACGAGACCGGAAACUUAGCACCACCUCAAAUUCCUUAUCGCCUGAUAUUCCGUCCAAAGACACGUCUGCCAUUUUACCGAACCAAUCAAAGCUUAAACUGUCAAAAUGGCGAAAGUCUGACGCGGAGACCGUCGAAUUUUCCGAUACGGAUGAUAGCUGGUAUAGCACCUUCUCCAGUCAUCAGGGCUACAGAAAACACGGCCUCAAGUAUACAUUUCCGAAUGCUCCUUACUCGAGGAUUCCCUUACCUGUGAUACGAAAACGAUGGUUGAAUUUUAUUAUUUCAAUUGUGUAUGCAAUUUUUGCGGUAGUAUUAUUUUGUCCAUUUGCCGCGUUCUUUAUCGUGCUAUUUCCACUAUGUGUGUUCCUGAAACAGUUCCUGAAGUGCUGUUGUUCUUGCUGUACUGUUCAGACCCAGGGCUGCUGUGUGUGUGGACAGAGUCUUUCCGUUACCGAGAAGUUCUGGGUACACACCGAAAGACAAAGUCCACAGGUCGUACAAAGCUUGGUCAUCGUAGAGUUUGGUCUCAGUGUUUCACAGGUAGUCAACCUUGUUAACAAUCGCGUCGUCCUUGCCAAAGCAGAAGACGGUUCUAGUCUCUAUCCGAAAUUCUCUCAACGAGUUGUACAAACAUGCUCAGAUUUCAUUUGGCAAGAAGACCAACGUUUUUUCAUCCACAAUCACGUUUUUGAGAUGCCUCGUGGUUUGGAAUCACUCGAGGAACUUCAGGAUUACAUCUCAGAUAUGGCUUCAAAACCACUUCCAUUUGACAGACCUCUUUGGGAGGUUCAUAUAUUGACAGACUUUGGCGAUGUCCGAGACACUGUGUUGUUAUUCAGAAUGCAUCCUUGUCUCGUCGACGGAGUUUCUAUGGUAAAAAUCUUGUACAAAUCAAUCGCGGACGUGGAACCAGUAACAACUGUCCCGCCGAAAGUCGGUAAACAAAACUGUAUCGAUUCGAUUAAAUCAAUCUUUAAUGGACCAAUUAAACUAUUUUCUCUGCUUCUCCUACCAAGAAAUGAUUUCAAUCUCUUACAUGGUGAGCAUGUUCAACUUUCAGGUAAGAAAGUGAUCACAUGGUCUGAGCCGUUCAGUUUGUCGUCUGCUGUAAAAAUCAAGCAAGUGACACGAAGUACCCUUAACGAAGUGUUCAUGUCAGUGGCGGCCGGUAGCAUACGCAAUUACAUGAUCGUGAAUGGGGUACAAAACCCUUUUGAUAUACAAUCCAGCAUUCCGGUUUACUAUGGUGCAAAUAAACAUGCGUCUGGUGUGGGUAACGACGUAUUGAUGAUGAAAGUGACACUUCCCACGAACACCGAGGGCGUUGUCCCGCGUUUGUGGCAAAUGAAACAACAAAUGGAUCAAAUUCGUGAAUCAUCUAUGUUUGCUAUUACACGGCGGAUAUUUAAAGUAUCAUAUCAUAUUCUGUCUGAAUCUUUAUGGAAUAGGCUGUGGAUUUAUAUUCUCCGUAAGUGCACGUGCAUAGUGUCCUCCCUACCAGGACCGGAAAUUAAACUGCGCAUGUCAUCGAAGCAGAUCAAAACGAUUUUCUAUUGGUUUCCUCCUGUCCGCCAGGUGGCUCUUGCCAUAUCAUUCUUCACGUACGGAGACCAAAUCCAGAUGGCGGUGUCCUCCGACCAGGCCAUGCUUCCAAACCCAGACCUCCUCACCAAGGACUUUGUUUUCCAGAUGCAGGCACUCUAUGACCAGCUGGGUCAUCGCAGGGUACCAGGUGAGCAGCAUAACAAUCGGAAGUUCGACCCGACUCUCCUAAACACCGAAAUCAGGCCAGAAGAGACGGCCACAGAGCUGAAGAAGAAGAUGUCGUUGAUACACCAAGAGAUUAAGAACCUUCGGCACAAGCUGGACGCCCGCCGGCAGGACCACGUCGACGACGACCACAAGAUGAUGAAGAAGAUAGAGACGCUCAAGGAGCAGUUCCGAGAACUCCUAGUAGAGAUGCGCAAGCGCAAGGCUGCGGAAGCGGAAGUAGCCAUGAGUUUCUCCGAGGAGGACAGUGCGGACGACGACGACAUUGAGAUUCCCCGACGGCCGUUCCGUCGGCGAGCGAUGUCGGUGUCGUCCCGGAUGUCCACCGUAUCCAUCUCCUCCACUGUCCGCCCUCUGCCGGCGCCGACGCCCGCUAUGACGCCGGACUACAGUCCCGACUCUCCGCUCAUACCGGACAAACAGGUUCCCUACAGCGUAACGAAGGAGGAGCGGAAGUUCAACACCAUCCCCUAUGCCAGCCGAAGACCAUCGGGCAGCCGCCUAAAAAUGGAGGAUCUCGAAAUCAUUGAGUACCAGUACUCGCCUUCCUUUGAGCGCCGUUACAAGAGCCCGACUUGAUGUUUGCUGCGUGUUUCGGGUGUUGACACCAGCUUACAGCAGAGCCGAUUGUUCGUCGAGAUUGACUGGUUCUGUAGAGGUGCCUCUUAAUGUAGGAUACGUUAUGCGUUAAGCCCAGUUUUCCCAAAACACGGCUAGAAAGUGACACGUCAUUGACGCUAGCACACACUGACGUCGAUGUUACGACCAGACUGAUCGGUGAUGCAGGGCUGCCGGAUACUCUCAGAGGCGUUAAAAAUCAGCGGAUGGUUGAUUGAUAAUAUUAACUAUAAGAUAUAUUAGGGCUGGCAAGUAACUGUUGAUAUCAGAGCUGGCUCCUACAUCCAUCAUUCAUGCCAUGGACGCGAACACUUUUUCAGCUUUUAGAAGAAUACAAAUUUCCUUCGAUAAUAGUAUUGGCGUUUGUGUGCAAUCGCCUUCAGUUAUUUCACUAAUACUAGCAUUACACGUUGUACUUACUAUGACAAUCAGCUUGAAAUUAUAUUAAAUAAAAUGCCUCAUUACUCAAUAUUUACCAUUGUUGACAUUGGCCUUUAGAAUCACAUACCAUUGUUAACGUAUUGAACCGAGUACUUUAAGAUAUUCGCGUUAGUUUUGUCACC